AUGGGCUUCUGGAAGUACUCCCCCUUCCUGGCUCUUGGCAUCUUGGUCCUGUACCAGGCAGGAGUCCUCCAGGCAGCACCAUUCAGGUCUGUCUUGGAGAGCCGCAUGGAUCCCGCUUCGCUGGACGAGGAGGAAUUGUGCCUCAUUCUGGCUGCCAUGGUGAAAGACUACAUGCAGAAGAAGAUCAAUGACGUGGAACAGGAGCAGGAGCAGGAGACCGAGGAUAUCGGUAUCACUGCCCAGAAGAGAGCCUGCAACACUGCCACCUGUGUGACCAAUAAGCUGGCUGGCUUGCUGAGCAGAUCUGGGGGCAUGAUAAAGAACAACUUUGUGCCAACCUAUGUGGGCUCCAAAGCCUUCGGCCGUCGCCGCCGGGACCUGUGGGAGUAA